AUGGCAAACGAAACAGUUCAAAUUGGCUACCGCCUCUUCCCCAUUACCAACAAAACUCAUAAGGCCGUCUACCCUGCCAUCUCGCCCUCCAACCCUUCUAUGUCCCAAGUUGGAAAAACAAUCCUCAUCACAGGAGCAACCCGAGGCAUCGGCUUUGAAAUUGCACGCACUUUCGCUGCCGCUGGUGCAGAAAGAGUCAUCAUUCUCGGCAGAGAUCAGUCCAAAUCUGAUUCUGCUGCUGAGAAGCUCACUCAAGAAACCGGACGCAAUGUCUUUGAAGGCCGAAGCUGCGAGAUUGAUACGCCUGCUAGCGUCGAUGCGUUGUGGGACAAGCUUGAUUCAGAUGGCAUCGAUGUUGACGUUGUUGUUCUUAACGCUGCGCUCACAAGCCAGUUCGGCGGGAUGACGGGUCUGGGAUGGGAAGAGGUUUGGAAAGCUUAUGAGGUCAACGUUCGGUCUUCGCAUCAGUUCUGCGAUAGGCUGAGAAAGCAGAACUUGGGCCAAGGACGCAAGAAGUAUGUCGUCAACAUCUCCACUUCCGCCAUUCACGACUUUCCAGCCGCUUCCUACGCCCCCGCCUACUCCCUGAGCAAGAACUCAGCCGCCCUUUUGCUCCAGCUCCUUGCUCGUGAGCUGCCUGUCUCUGAGGUGCAGUUCGUCAGUAUCCAUCCUGGCGCGAUUCUUACUCCAGCCGCCGCGGAACUGGGAGUCGACGAAACUACUCUUGACUGGGACGACAUUAGUCUGCCUUCUUCCACCGCAGUAUGGGCCGCUUCCGAUGAGGCUGCGUUCUUGAAUGGUCGGUUCAUGUGGUCGUCUUGGGACGUCGAAGAACUUGCUACCGGAGAGAUUGGAAAACGUAUCGAAAGUGACGAGAACUUCCUUCGUGUUGGGGUGCAUGGAUUGGAGUAUGCAGUUGCCAAGUGA